UCUCUGUAAAGAGGACCCAGAGUCCCUUCAAAGGCCUUUCCAAAGAUGGCUGUUGGGGGGGGCCUCCCCAGGUCGGGCGAACCUGAGGCCAGUUGGGCCUCCCUGCCCCGGGCUUGCAUUUUCAGUGGCCUUAGUUACACAGAGCACCGGGGAGGGACUGUCCCUGGGAGAAGAGACCAAGACCCCCCAUCCUUCCUCCUGACGCUCAAGGAGGGAGGUGUGGCAGUAUGGCCCACAGGGGUCUAAACCAAUUACCACUGGGGGACAGAGACAGAGUCGGUGGACCGCCCCUCCCAGGGCCUGCUCCCAAGAGUAGAGAGGACAAUGGCUGUGGCUCGAAGGCCGUGACCUCCCGCGCUCACCACGACCCGGUCCUUUAGAGGGCACUCUUGGACCGUGGCAGAGGCGUCAUCCAGGGCCUGAUGUCGAAGGUCCUCCUGCUGUCUGGGCGGUAGAAUUCCCGUUUCAGCACAGCGAGGCCAGAGGCGGGCCAGGCCACCAGCCACCACUAGGGAUCCCAUCAACAAGCGGUCCGCCCCCUGCCCGCAGCCCCAGGGUGUGGCCCCGGGCAUUCGUGGGUGGGCAAGGUGGGGGGAGGCACGGAGGCUUCCCGGGGACACACGGGCUUCAAGAGCAGUUGGGUGCGUGAGGGAUCCCGCUUUCCAGGCUGGGGACGUUUCAGGGAGAGGGGCUGACAGCCUGGCUGUGCCACUCUCUCUUGUGUCGUUCGCUCCUCUCCCGCUGCCGCCUUACUGUCCAGGGCACCAGCCAGGCGGCCUUAGGCUUCCCAUCGAAGGUACCACCAGGCCGGCAGAGAGGUCGGGAGGAAAGCCUGCAGGGGGCCCUUCUCCUGGGCCCUGCCUCGGAGAGCUGGCUCCCCAGGGCCCCGGCUUUACCCUCUGGCACCGUCCCCUCCUCCCCUCGUUGUCCGUGCAUCUCCCAGCAAAGAAUAAUUCCCCCGGCCUGUCACGCUUGGGUCCCAAUUACGGCUCCCUCGGACGCCCACCGUGCGACGUGCAGUCUCGGGCAAUUUUCUCCGCCACUUGCCUCGAGCUUCAGUUUCCCCACCUGUAAAACCGGGAUAAUAACCUUUCUUUCUCUGGCUUGUGCCUGGCAGCCGGCAGGUGUCCAGCCGAUGGGAACCAAGUGGCAGUCUAUUUCUUUCGCCCAAGCCUCCAUCGAAGUGGCAAAGGUGUGGCAAAAGUGCCUCCUGCGUGCAAAACACAAAAAAGCCAUCCAAGGACCCCCACCCCCCACCUCCGCGCUGGAAAGGGAAGGAGAGACUAUCUCAAGGAGGUGCCCUAUUUAUGUGCUGACCACCACACGCUGUUCCGGGAUAUCAUGGAACCUGUGUUACCUCUUUUCUCUCCAACUUGACUGGAAGCUUCUCCGCAGCUGGACCCGGGCCCCACCGUCUCGUGCACGGUUUCCACAGCACCCUGCACAGAGCUACACGAACGCAAGGUGCUGGGGGUCCACACCUGUGCACUGAGGUGUGCGUGUGACCACAGGCCUUUGGGCUUCACAGGAGGGCAGUGUACAGUGGACAGAGGGAACCCAGAAACACCCUGGACCCCCAGCGAGCCAGAAGCAGGCCGUGCCGGCUGCAGAAGCCCUCCCACGACCCCCCUGGGAAAAUGUGGGAAGACGUUGCCCUGACCAGAGCACCCAGGAAGGGCUCCCAUGGUUCACUGCUUGCACGUGGAGAACGCUCUGGGGUCCCUCCCGGGAAGAUCCAAGCCUCUGCUGAAUUCCACAUUCCCCGUCGACGUACCCCGAGGUGAUUCCGGAACCGUCACCUUUUUAGGCCUCUCCAUGUUGACUUCCCUCUAUCGCCAUCGCCAACAGCUGGCGUGUUCCACAAGGUGGAUGGAUACCUCUGGCUCCUUCAACUCAUCCUUACCAGGGACAAUGGAGGCUUUGAUGGCCGGAACUGAGCCGGUGACAGCGGAUGCGUCUGUCAGGACCACACUGUUCGACUAUGAGUUCUCGCUGCCAUGUGAAAAAAUCAACGUCAAGGAGCUGGGGUCCCGCCUCUUGCCCCCACUGUACUCCCUGGUGUUCGUGGUUGGUCUGCUGGGCAACGCGAUGGUGGUGGUGAUCCUCACAAAGUACAGGAGGCUCCGGAUCAUGACCAACAUCUUCCUGCUCAAUUUGGCCAUUUCUGACUUGCUCUUCCUGUUCACGCUGCUGUUCUGGAUUCACUACAGCAGGUGGAACAAUUGGGUGUUCGGCCACUUCAUGUGUAAGCUCCUCUCCGGGCUUUACUACAUGGGCUUGUACAGCGAGAUUUUCUUCAUCAUCCUGCUGACCAUAGACCGGUACCUGGCCAUCGUCCACGCCGUGUUCGCCCUGCGGACCCGGACCGUCGCUUUCGGUAUCAUCAUGAGCGUCCUCACCUGGGGCCUGGCAGGGAUAGCAGCCCUCCCUGAAUUUAUCUUCCAUCAGUCCCAAAAUGAUGCUGAACAGUACAUCUGUUUGCCUCUUUAUCCAGGAGGCCAAGAGGAUAACUGGAAGCGUUUCCAUGCUCUGAGCAUGAACAUCCUCAGUCUGGCCCUGCCUCUGCUCAUCAUGGCCGUCUGCUACGCGGGAAUUAUUAGGACACUGCUGAGGUGCCCCAAUAAAACCAAGUACAAGGCCAUCCGGCUCAUUUUUGUCAUCAUGGUGGUCUUUUUCAUGUUCUGGACCCCCUACAACCUGGUCCUCCUUCUCUCUGCUUUCCAAACGAUCUUCUUUGAGGUCAGUUGUGAGCAGAGCAAAUGGCUCGAUGUGGCCAUGCAGGUGACAGAGGUGAUCGCCUACACGCACUGCUGCGUUAACCCCGUCAUCUAUGCCUUCGUCGGGGAGAGGUUCCGGGAGCACCUCAGCCACUUCUUCCGCAGGCACGUGGCCACCAACCUGGGCAAAUACAUCCCGUUCCUUCCCAGCGAGAAAUCAGACCGGGCCAGCUCUGGCUCCCCAUCAACGGGGGAACAGGAGCUCUCUUUUGUCUUUUAGGCCAGAUGCGGAAAAUUACCUAAAGCGGAUGAGCCGGGCAGAUGAAGGAAACACAUUAAGUCCAUCGCGUUGACCUUAGCGCCAGCCCUUUGAACUUCUAGCUCGAUGCCGAAACUUGUAAAGACAUUAAAGCGUAUACACAAUGGGGUCAGCAGACCCGUGUGCCCCGGGCGUUAACGGGGGUCACUAGUUAGUCAGUUCACUUGCCGUCCACACAGAAGUUUGCUCGGUUCUCGGAAGAGUUACAUCCAGUGUAAUGUACCCAAGUGUUAGCUAGUCACUAUAUGCAGCUAUGAGCAGGUAAAUCGUUUUAUAGUUUAAACCUUAACUUUAGCCAGCUGUUGCAUAAAUGAAACGUAUUUCACAAAAUACAAUAAAUCAGUCGCAAUACUUUUAA